UUUGCGGAUCUGAGUUGGAGGGUUUGGGGAGCUCGAGCACUGGGUUUUAACGGCUCGGCGUUCCUUUCCCGCUCGCGGCUGCGCUAUGAGCGCCGAUGAAGCGGCUAUCUGGGGCUAUCAGUCCGUCGGGAAACGGAGGCGGCCUGCAAAUAUCACAGAUGCCGGCAGUAGUCCUCCCUGUGCUCAUGCAGGCGGGGGCAAGUCUGCCCGGCUGAGGAGCCGGGUUAAAGGAGACAGAUCACAGCGCCACUCUCAAAGGGUGUCCAUUGAUCAAUCGCCGAGAGGCAUGAGGGCAGCCCCUGGUCAGGAAAUGCCCUCUCCUGCAUCAAAUGCCAGCAAGUCAUCUCCACAGCAAGCCGCACGCAGACCAUUGUCCAAGGUUGAAUUCCCUAAUGCCUCCGAGGGCAAAUCAAUCCCCACAAAGGCCAAGCCUGCCCAUGACGGCUACUGUCCAAUCUGUCAAAUGCCCUUCUCCUUAUUGCUGAUAGAAACCCCCCGGUGGCAUGUUGCAGAGUGUUUGGAAACUCCAGGUUGCACAGAUAUUGAAUGCCCUGAUGGUUUGCUUUGCAACAAUACAAUUCCAAGACACUACAAACGAUACUCCCAUUUGCUGCUCGCUGAAAGUAGAGCACUGGGUCAGAGUGAUGUUCAAUCCACAGUUCUGCAUAGUUCAAUUAAAGAUGCCUUCACAUUUUCACCAGAUCCUAACAAUAAUCAUCAAUCUUUACAGAACAAUCAGUCUCCCUGGAUUCAAGAACAUCUGACAAACAAAAAUCAAAAUGCCCUCCUACUGCUAAAAUCUCCUGUCUUCAAAGUUAAGGAAAAAAGCUCAAAAAAAUGCAAAAUGGCAAAAGCAACAAAAGGAAGCACUUCUGAAAAUGUUUCAAGGGGGAGUGUUUCUGCAGCCUCACCCAGUAGCCGACACAGAGGAUUGCCUAGUUCAGCACCGCUGUUAACAAAAGAAGUGGAGCCUGGGAUUAAUAUAGAUAGAUUUUUUAAUGUAAGCAGUACAAAAGUAAAGCUAAACAGUCUUAUAGAAGGCAAAUCAACUUCUGACCUUGAUUCAACUACCAGUAAUAAUAGCAAGGAUGAUAUCAGUUACUCUCCACUUUGUUAUAAUAAAAUUCCAGAUCAAAAAAGGUUAUCUUCAACAAGGAGAAGAUUGUUUCAUAGUCAAACUAUUAAACACAAUUGUAAACUCGAAGAUGGCAAUAUUUCUGACCCUGUAGAGAAUAAUAACCAUAAGCAAGAGUUGGUUCAUAAAUCUUGUGGUCUUAAGGACACGAUCACAACUGAUUUUAAAACUUUUGCUAUUGGUCCAGAUUCCAGUCUAUUAACUACCAGUGCUAAUGUUCUAACUAGAAGUAGAAUAAGUAUUACAACACAACCACACCAGGAAAAAGCUGUACUGUCAGCUUGUAGCAGGAUUCCAUUGGAUAAUGAGAAGAUGAAACAAAUUAGGAACUUGUCACAAACUAAUUUAACAGAUUCAAACUUGAUUAAAUUGCAAUCAGUCAAUUCAAGUUCUGAUAAUUUACUGAAGCCUCUUCAAAUUAAACAGGAACCAACCAGUUUAUCAGAUUCCACUCGAGUUAGGCAAGAACCAACCAAAUCAUUCCAGCUUGCUCAAAAUGUUGUUGUGCAGGAGUUUAAUGUUUGCUUAGCAAGAAAAGAGGAGGAAGAUAAUUUUGGCUGUCCUGUGAAGACAUCAUUGUCUCAGCACUCCUUAAUUUCACUUUCAUCGAAUGUUGUAAAACAGGAUAGUUCCCAUUCUGAAACUCUUACUUCUUCAAAAAGCAUUGGACUUCAAAAGAAUAGAAUGACUUUGGAAAUGGCAUCACUGGGGUUAUUAGACAGAGGUCCCAUAAGAAUCCCCAAAAAGAAUGAUUUAAAUAAAGGUUUAAAGCAAACUGACAUUGGAGUUUUUUUUGGACUUCAACCCAAAAUCAAAGAGGAGCAAAAAUGUUCAAAAACAAUACCUCAAGGAAAAGCAAAUGAAUUGGUUCCUGAGAUUUCAUAUAAUGAAAGAAGGCAAAGACAAAGAAAGAGGAAAAUAGGAAGCUCUACAGGUGAUGAAGCAUCCAUAGGCACUAUAGAUAAACUUCAAAUGGAGCUAGGUGAUGGACAACAAGGAAGGACAAAAAGGCAAAGAAAUGGAGUAAGCACAUUUAAAAAGAACAAGCAGUGUCCCUUUUACAAGAAGAUUUCAGGAACUAAUUUCACAGUGGAUGCCUUCCAAUAUGGUGAUAUUGAGGGUUGUACUGCCUACUUCCUGACUCACUUUCAUUCAGAUCAUUAUGGAGGCCUUACCAAGAAUUUUAAAUGUCCUAUUUACUGCAGCACAAUAACCAGAAAUUUGGUGAUAUCUAAACUUAAAGUGCAAGCGCAGUAUAUCUCAAGUCUACCUAUGAAUACUGAAUGUGUUGUGGAGGGAAUUAAGGUAGUCCUUUUGGAUGCAAACCAUUGUCCAGGCGCUGUCAUGUUGCUGUUCCAGUUUCCAAAUGGUAAAACAUUAUUGCAUACUGGUGAUUUUCGAGCUAAUGCUUCCAUGGAGCGCUACACUCAUCUCGUGGGGCAAAAGAUUCAUACUCUUUAUCUGGAUACCACAUACUGCAGUCCAGAAUACACCUUUCCUUCUCAGCAAGAAGCCAUCCAAUUUGUUGCUAAUGUUGCCUUUGAAACUGUAAUGAUGAAACCUAGGACAUUGAUUGUCUGUGGUACUUAUUCUAUUGGAAAAGAAAAAGUUUUCCUAGCUAUAGCUGAGGUACUUGGAUGUAAAGUUUCUAUUACUCGAAACAAACUAGAAAUUCUGCAGUGUUUGAAUUCUGACCAGAUAAACUCUGCCAUCACUACAGACUGGGAAAGCUCUCAACUUCAUUUACUGCCUAUGAUGCAAAUUACUUUUAAGGGCUUACAAGCACACAUGAACAAGUUCCCAGGAAAGUAUGAUCAAAUUGUGGCAUUCAAACCAACUGGAUGGGCAUACUCAGGCCUAGGUGGUACAAUAAGUGACAUCAAGCCUCGAGUUCAAGGAAAGUUCACAAUUUAUGGUGUUCCUUACAGUGAACACAGUAGCUACCUUGAGAUGAAGAGAUUUGUACAGUGGUUGAAACCAGAUAAAAUAAUUCCAACAGUUAACAAUGGAAGCUGGCAGGAGAGGAAUAUGAUGGACAAGAUAUUUAAUGAAUGGAUGAUAAAUACUGAACAGACGGAUGUUACACAUCCAGAAUCAACUAAUUUUGUGUAAAUGUGUAGAGAAUGUAAUCCAUUUUAAAGUGUCUUUAUGAAGUUAGAUUGAAAACGAAUGUAUAAAAUUUAUUUAAAAAUAAAAUAAUUAUAAAGUAAUUGAUAUUCUAUAGAUAUAUAGUUAAAACUGUAUGGAUUAUAUGUGGAAAGAAUGUUAAAGUGAUGAAUCUGUGUAGCCUUAAAUGUUCGGCAAUACUUGAUCAUCAUGCAGGAAGACUUUAGCACUAUUUUGAGAAAGGUAAUUAUACUACAUACAAUAUAAAUGGUUUGAGAAAUAUAUCAAUAAAUUAUAGGUUGGUCCAAGUAACAUGAAUGAUGCUACAGUCCAAGGUUUUGAAACAUUUAUAAUAACAGAAAUAAAGAUGAGAAAUAUGUCUGAA